AUGGAUAAAGCCUAUUUCGGAGAAAUGACACUUCGUGCCUUAACCCCUGAAUAUUUGGACUGGUAUGCUAAAUUGGUUGAAAUACCAAUAAAACCUGAAUCUUCACGAAUCAAAAAGGAUGCUGAUGAUCAUAUCUUACAGGACAGUUUACUGGAAACUCAGGUAAUGGCACCAAAUAAAAUUUACACCUUCCCAAUUUCCAAGACUGAUCCAAACAAAAAUCAUCUUUAUCAGUAUGCCAUCGAACAUAGAAUAAAUCCCAAAGAAUUUUUGAUUAUUACAGAGACUGAGAAAAAUAGAUGA